UUGGCCAUCUUCCUUCUCACGGCGCAGUAUAUUCGGGUCUUGCCAAGCAACGAGGAGGGAGGGGAUAUUUUAAUGGCCGUCAAUAGCGCUACAAAAUGCAAAAAGUGCGGAUUAUCCACUAUAUUUAGACUACACUAGAUACGGGGAAUAUGUAACAUAAAGCAUCCAACAUGACAUCCAGAUUCGGUAAAACAUACAACCGCAAAGGAGGGGAGGCUAACUCCAAAUUUGACGAGGUCUUCAACAAUAAAAAGCCCACACUGACCACCAAAUGGGGGGAGACCACCUACAAGGCUCAGUUGGGGGCCAAAAGGCCUACUUUAAAACCAGAAGCGUCUGAGCUUUCCAAAAGGCCCAGGCUUGAGGACAGCGACAGCGAUGAAGACCCCUUUGGGUUUGACAGCGACGAUGAGUCCAAGAUUUUAUCCUCUCGCAGGGUCCACGAUGGGGCCGUGACAAAGACCACUGCAGUGCAGAGCGGUGGGACAGCCACUGUUACUUCUGCACAGGGGUCCGCAAACUCAGCCGCCAAGUUCGCAACCAAGCAAACAUCUGAAGACGGUAUUGUUAGAAAUACCCAGUCCCGGUACAAAAGUACUUCAGAAGCAAACCAAAAACCUGCAUGCAAGGCAUCCUUGACAAGCACAGUCCCCUCUGCUGAACAUAACUUGUCAGCGCUGCAGAGGCCAGUCCCCUCUGCUUCUAACAUAGUCACCUCCCUUAAACUGUCCAUCGAUGCACCAGGAGGUAGCAGAGACUUCCAGACCUCUCCCUCUGAUGAUGAAUUGCCAUUGGGGGAUAAGAAAGGGGCCGAAUCGGAGCCGCAACCAGAACCAGUGGACAGCAUUCCCCCAUCUCCAUUCACACUAAGGGCCUCUAACUGCAAGAAAUACCUGCGACCCACCCAGUCCAAGAAAACGUCAUCUGAACCUGGUGAAAACAAUAGCAACAAGCCUGCUGAAGCAGCGACUGCCCAUGAAAAACCCAACAGUGCCCUUUCUGCCAGCGCAAGUAAUACUGCUGCCAAUGCUAAACCAGCUGCCAAGCCCACAGGCAGGGGAGGCGGGAGGGUACGGGACUACACGGUUCUGCACCCUUCCUGUCUGUCGGUGUGCAACGUCACCAUCCAGGACACAGUUGAGCGGAGCAUUGACGAACUAGUCACCCCAGCCACACCUGCUGACCUUGGAGAAGCAGGCCAGAUGAAGAAGAAGACCGAUGCUCCUGCAUCGACCUCUACCAGGUUCAGACAGGCCCAGACAAAGACCAAGAAAACCAAGACCAAGACGGAGACCAAACUCGAGUUUUUUGGCUUUGAGGACAAGGAGGACCAGGGGGGUGAGGAGGGUCCAGAAGGUGCCAUGGCAGGCAAGAGCAGCUACAAGAUCAAGUACUUUGGCUUUGACGACCUCAGCGAGAGUGACAGCGAUGAAGAGAGCUGUCAGGCCAAAGAGAAGAAGGCCAAGAAGGCGGCGGCCGCCCUCGCUGCUCUGAGCUCCGGCGUGGACAGCCCUCACACCAGUGACUCCCAGGACAGCCAAGCCAGCAGCAACACGGAUGGAUUUGACUUCUCCGAGGACUCCAGUCCUGGCGGCGCUGAGGGGCAGAAAGGACGCUCAGGAAAGUCAAGCGACAAAUCCAAGGACACUGUCGGUGGAUUCAAAAAGAUCUUCAGCGGACCCAAAAAGUCCCCUGCUAAAGCUGUGUACAACGCUCGCCACUGGAACCAACCUGAGCAGGAAGAGGUACCUGCGCCUCCACUGUCUCGAGCUCAGACUGCUCCGGCAAUUUUAUCGAGCAGCAGCAGCAAGGACAGCAACUCUCAUAAAGAUGAUGGCUUGUUCAAAGCCCCUCCACCGCCGCCCAAAGUCAUUAAAUCUGAGACCCUCCCCACGCGGCUCAACCAGGAUAUUGUCACUGCGCUCAAAUGCAGGAAGGAGCACAAGGAGCUGUACACAGUGGUGCAGCAUGUGAAACACUUCAAUGACGUUGUGGAGUUUGGGGAGAAUCAAGAGUUCACAGAUGAUUUUGAGUACCUGGAGACGGGGCUGAAGAGCAGUCAGCCACUCAACACAAGAUGCCUUAGUAUAAUCAGCCUGGCCACUCGGUGUGCCAUGCCUGGUUUCAGGAUGCACCUGCGGGCCAGAGGGAAAGUGGCGCAGGUCUUCAAAAUGAUCAGUGACGCUCCACAACACCCGAACCUUGCUCUGUGCACGGCUGCGCUCAUGUACAUCCUGAGUCGGGAUCGACUUAACAUGGAUCUGGACAGGGAGUGUCUGGAGCUCAUGAUCAAGCUGCUGGAGCUGGACCACGACUACCCGCCCGACCAGGAUCAGCUGACUGCAAAGGAGGUGGAAAAGGUCAAGGAGAAGAUCAGGAAGCUGUGUGAGACGGUGCACAACAAGCACCUCGACUUGGAAAAUAUCACGACGGGCCAUCUUGCCAUGGAGACAUUGCUCUCUCUCACCUCCAAGAGAGCAGGCGAUUGGUUCAAAGAAGAGCUGCGCCUCCUCGGCGGUUUGGACCAUAUUGUAGACAAAGUUAAAGAGUGUGUGGAGAACCUGAGCCAAGAGGAUGACAAGGAGAACCUCGUGGCGUCUUUGUGGGGGGCCGAGAGGUGUCUGAGAGUACUCGAGAGUGUGACCGUGCAGAAUCCAGAGAACCAGGGUUACUUGAUUGCCUACAAAGACUCACAACUCAUCGUGUCCUCUGCCAGAGCUUUGCGGUACUGUGAGGAUAUGAUUCAGCGAUACAGCAGGGCGUUAAACAACAGCUCUCUGUCUCUGUCGGGAGCCGCGCUGCCCCACUGCAGCUUCAGUAACGUGGGCAAGGCCGUGGAGGACUGCAUGAGGGCCAUCAUAGGAGUGCUGCUCAACCUGACUCACGACAACGAGUGGGGGAGCACUAAGACAGGUGAGCAGGAACAGCUAACCGCAACCGCUUUGAAUUGUGUCCUCCGAGUUCCACGCUUCAUCCCCCAGGAGCAGCGCUUUGACGUGCGAGUGCUGGGUCUGGGCCUACUAAUCAACCUCGUGGAGUACAGCGCCAGAAACCGCCACUGCCUGGUGGACAUGGAGUACAUCGUGGACGAAUCCUGUCUGGAAGACAGCCUGGUGCAGCCCGCUGACCCGGCGGAGUCCGACGCGGCGUCAGCCCCUCCGAGCACGGCUGACGCUCACGGAGACGGUGCCGUCAAGCCGAGGCCCUCCGGUGCCCUGGCUGCUCUGGUGCAGCUCUUCCUGGAGAGGGAGCGUGCUGCCAUCCAGGCCGAGGCUAAAACUGACGACCUCAUCAGUGAGGCGCCCAAGCCGGCACUGGACCAAAGCGGCGAGUGGCAGGAGACGUCUGGAGAGAUCCAGUGGGUGGCGGCCGAACCCAACGACAGCCAACCUGAGAAUAAAGAUAAUGAGAAGAAAGAGGAGGAGGACGAGGAGCUGGAUCUAAAUAAAGCUCUGCAGCAUGCAGGCAAACAUAUGGAGGACAGCAUCGUUGCCUCUUACAUCGCGCUGCUGCUGGGCUGCCUGUGCCAGGGAAACCAGACAAAUGUGACUACUGUGAGAGAGAAUCUACCUAAAGGGGAUUUCUCCAUCAUGACAGAAAUGCUGAAGAAGUUCCUGAGCUUCAUGAACCUCACUUGUGCGAUGGGCACCACGGGACAGAAGUCCAUCACGCGGGUCAUCGACUACCUGGAGCACUGUUAACAGACAGCCAGACAGGGGUAUCACGUGCUGCAUGCCCCCCCCAUUCCCCCCUCUCCCACUCCCCCCCCCCCUUCGUUUCUGGAGGGCGGGCUGAACAGUCUGAUGCUGGCGUGAAGUCUCAGAACCCUCGUCGCCGUGUCCAGCGUGAAGAUGGACUCUUCUUGGGACGGUUCGACGGCAACAAGCUACUGAAGCCGAGGUCUCCCGUCCCGCUGCCACUCCGGGUCACUUGGCUGCAGGGUGAACCUCUGCAUCGUUACGUUUUAAUCGUCGAAGCUAAGGAUGAAAUCAUUGAUUAGCAUGAGAAAUACAACAGCAACAAUCAUUUUCACGGAUGUUAGAAUGCCGUCUCUGUGGAAACGUGUGGAAUGAUUUUUAAAAGCAUACAUCCAUUUAACUAAAAGUUUGCAGUUGGCUUGAAUGUUUAAGGGAAUCUUUAAUCUUUUGAUUUUUAGCAAAAGAUUGUGCCCGUUCAUUUUAUAAACUGCGAGUUAGCAAAUCGCUGAAAAGUUAUUUUUUCCUUUUCUCACCUGAAUUAUUAAUAACUUUAAAAGGAAUCACAACUGAUAGAAUGUUCUUUAUUGACUGAGGGCACCUGAGAAUCACCUGCUUUUAUGAAUUUCAAUGAUUAACAUCAUUCCUCCCAUUAUCAAUUUCCCCCCAUUCGACUUUCUUUUUAAAUUCCAAUUCAUCAAAGAGUAUGUAAGUACAGAAUGCAUUGAAACUCCCAGGUUUAACAGAUGUGAUGACUCACUCAAAAAAACAUGCUUUUUGUGCUUCCUUUUGAAUUAAUAAUGAAGUUCAUUUCUUUCGCUUCUUCUUUUAUUUUUUUUUAUUUUAUUUUUUUAAGAAUUGUAUUUAAUUUAAUUGUCUCCUUGUUCGUGAAUACCGAGUCUUAACCUAGUGAAAUGCCGUUGGUGUCUAAAGUUUCACAUCCCGCUUUGAUAAGAUGUAUCCCAUGAGUCACGGCUCAGCGGCUGGAAAUACGCAACGCACUUGGCUGAAUCACGGUUUCGGCUUGACUUCAUCAAAACUGCAUUUUAAGGAAAAGUCAUUAAUAUAAAGGUCAUUUCGACUUGUGGACGAUGUCCCGAUGGCCUCCACGUUCCGUGUGUCCAGCCACCGUUUUAGCGCCGUUUUUUACCCGUAUCGCAUAUGUGACCGCAUUGGCGCCGACUUAUUUAUUCUUUAUCUGUCGUUUCACCUGUGAUGAUGCUCAUGAACCUUCAGGUGGCCGCUUGUCUCUUACUGCUCACGCGUACCAUCACGGAUUUUGAAUGACAGUCGUACCCGGGUAAGCAGAUUAGCGCUAUCUGGUUUGUGGUCACUGGUAAUUACUUUGCAAAGAUCUGGUCUGGAGGGAAUUGUAGAAUGUAAAUACUCCUGUACAUAGUGAUUAAUGGACAUUCAAAGAAACUAAAUGCUUAGACUACUUUUUUCCCUGAAGCUGAUAUUUUUUAUUUUAUAUAUUUCUGAGUUGUCAUUUGGAAAAACAAAAAACUGCAGGAAGAGGAUUAAAAAAAAAAAAAAGUUUGUACCCGUUUCAAGGACAUUGUCUUUGGUUACAUGUAAAUAGUUGUAUCUCCAAAAAGAAAAAAAAAAAAAAAAAGUUGCUACUUUCAGUA